UUCCCCAGAAGCAAGAAACUUAGGAUGUGGCUAGUGGGGUAAGGCGGUCUAAGCUACUCGCGUGUUCUCAGAGCCACACUAUCUCGUGUAGCACGGGCCGUCAGUAAUACAGUACUGUACCUACAUCCCCCCCACCGACUCACGACUGGAAACGCGGCUCAGCGACUCCGCGACUCACCAGAGAUCCAGCCGCGAAACACCACCGCAGCGCAACCCGCCGUCCGACGGACGACUCGUUCCAUUCCCGCGCAUUCUCACCUCCGCUCCCUCCUCCGUUCCCUAAGCACCUGUUGAACCCAGUAGGGCUCGCACGACUGCCAUCCAUGGCGCAGGCCCGCGCUAACUCUUGAUUCGUCGACUCUUUACCCAUCCAUCCAUCCAUCCAUCUAUCCACGCAGCCCAGUAGUACUUUCAGACCGUACCAGGUUCGGAAGCAGCUGACGUGUGAGGAAUCUAAACAGUCAGUAAAAAACCUUCGAGGCCUUGCGUCGUCCAUGUAGCGCCGUUAAUAGUUCCUUCGGUGCCGCGGCAGUCGGAAUGUGCUACACGCUGUCCGCCGGCAUGAUGCCGCCGUCAACUCGCCCGGGCCGUGGCCGUUAACGGAGUGUAAUAGCAGACGGUAUCCGCCACUGACAAUGGCGUCGGAAUCUGCGAGUUCCGACGAGUUGCUUCGAGUUGCUGCUGUCAUCCGUAACGGUCAGCAGCACUCGCCGUCGCCGUCGCCGUCGCCGUCGCCGCUAGUAGUACCUUCGCCGCUGCUUCCGCCACCGCCGGCGCCGCCGUCGCCGUCUGCAUCUCUAGACGUGAGAGGCCGGUGCGGUUACUGUACGGGAGAGGCUGUUACCGGCAUAGGCGGAAAGGGGAGAGCGGAGGGCGGAAGCAGAGGCGGCGGAAGGAAGGGGAGAGAGAGCAGAGGGGGCUGUGGGAGCAGCGCUAGUAGUAAUUGCAGCAGUGUUAAUAAUAGUGAUAUAGAUAGUAGUGAUGUAAAUAGUAGUACUAUAGAUAGCAGUGCUUUUAUUAGAAGUACUUCGCGCAGGAGUAUGAUUAUAGAGAGCGGUGCUACCAGGAGCAGUGGGGCGGUAGGUAGCUAUAGCGGAAGCAGCAGCAGUGCUAGUAGCAGUGCCAGCGCUGAUACUUGCGUGGUGCCAACGAUUGCGUCUAGUAUAGUUAAGGAGCGCGCUGGUCGUUCGCCCGGAGGCAGCAAUGCCGAAGCAGCUUGUAGCGAGUCAGUGGCGCAAAAGCGACCCUAUUCCAGGCCGAGAAACGGCAGGUGUGGCAGCGGCAGGCGUGGCAGCAGCAGGCGUGAAUCCCCCAUGUCUCGACAGCAGACCCCAACGGCUGUCAGACCGACUGAGUGUAGACAAUGGGCUGGAGGUUCGCUGGCAGAGAGCGACAGAAAGGGCGGUGGACUAGAGAGCGGUGAUGAGAUCUGUAGACCACAGCCACGGCCGCAGCUGCAGCGCAGACGGGCAUGGCGGAGGGCUCAGCCCGCGUGCUCUGUUUCCUCCUCUUGGCUGUCCUACCUUGCGUCCAUCGCCCUGCUCGCCAUCGCGGCUGCCGUGACCAGCGGUGGGAUCGUGAGCCUACCGGCUACAGCAGCUGCACAGGGCCUUGGGCCACAAACGGAUGUCUUGGUGGCGCUGAAGCAGGAGUGGGGCACGGCAUUCCCAGCAGCGGCGUCGUGGACGGCAGGGGCGGAAUGCUCGUCGCUGGUCGGGGUGACCUGCGACGAGCACAACCAGUUCAUCCUCAGGCUCGUGCUGGAUUCGCAGGGCAUCAGCGGGUCCAUUCCCGAGGUCAUCACCGGGCUUAGCUUCCUCCGAGUGCUAUCCGUCUGGGACAACGAGCUCACUGGCCCCUUACCGUCUUUCAUCAGCGCCUUUGCAUCUCUCUCAGAGCUCAACUUGGGGAGCAACCAGCUCACUGGGUCCCUCCCAGCUACACUGUCUGUCCUCACCUUGCUUCAGACGAUGGACAUGAGUGGCAACCAGCUUGAGGGGCCAGUACCUUCGGAGCUCACCGCGCUGACCGCCCUUCAAGACCUGCGCCUGCAGAGCAAUCGGCUCACAAGCAGCCUGCCAGUGGAGCUUAGCAAGCUGACGGCUCUCAGCAACCUGAUGCUUGACAGCAACUUCUUUUCGGGCUCUCUGCCUGAAUCCUGGACGGAGUUGACUCUGCUUCAAGAACUCCAUGCGUCGCGCAACUGGCUGUCUGGCAGUGUCCCAAGCUCAUGGACUGCACUCAGUAGGCUCAGCGUCCUAGACCUGGGUUACAACAUGCUGUCUGGCUCCUUAUUCGGAUUCAAUUUCCGCAGCAUCCCUAGCCUCGCUCAUCUUCUGUUAAAUGGUAACAGUUUGGAGGGGCCCCUUCCCACUCAAUUCCUCAGCCUCAAAACCAUGU